UGAAGCCUAUGUAUUCUAACAGUUUGUGGUCAAGAAUGGAUAAUAACAUGCCUCAUACCAUUAACUCGCAGCUCAUAAGACGUUGGAUCUAGAAGACGAGGAAGCGAGGAAGAACAUCUUUUAUCGCACUAAGGAUGAGUGUUUUGAUUUCUAUAAGCGCUACGCUCACAAAAAAGGGUUUGGUGUUCGAAUAGAUGGGGAACACAUAAGAAAGAUCAAGAAUUCUAAAGGAGUGGUGGAGAAAAAUUAUGCAUACCUUUAUUACUUUUGUAAUAAGGAAGGCUGGACUUCCACAAGCAAAGUCAAUAUGGAUAAUCAGAUACAGUCGGAAGACAAGGUUGAGGAGAGAAUGGUUUGCAAAAGAAAGAGGCCUCGAGUUAGGGAUGGAUGUCCCGCCCGUGUUCGUUUUGGAUGGGAUGCUGCUAGGGAGGGAUUUGUGGUGUAUGAAUUCGUAGAAGCCCACAGUCAUGGUUUGCACUCUACCGAGCAUAUGCACUUGCACAAGUCGAACAAGUGCAUGAGUGAUGCUCAGAAAAAGAUGGCUCAAGCUAAUAGCGAUGCCGGGAUGAGUCUUAGUGCAUUGUAUCUGUUAUUGGCUGAUUGUGCUGGUGGGUAUCAAAAUCUGAGAUUUACCAAAUCCGAUCAGAAGAACCACUUGAACACUAAAAGGCAAAGGACAAUGGCUCGUGGUGAAGCGACUUAUUUGCUGGACUACUUUGAGGACCAAAAGGACAAGCAUCCUGGAUUCUUUUAUGCUGUAGAGGUGGAUUCCGAAGAGAAAGUUGCUAAUAUAUUUUGGGCGGACAGUAGGAUGCGUGAAGAUUAUGCACUUUUUGGAGAUUCGGUCUCCUUUGAUACCACCUUCCGAACCAAUAAAUACUUCCGUCCACUGGGUACGUUAAUCCCCUAAUUCCCUUGAGUUCUUUCGCAUGGAUGUUUUUAAUUAUAUUGCAGAAAUGGUUAUGAAUAGAAUUGGUCCUUGGUGGUAUGAUAUUGACAUGUGAUGCCCAGGAUAUUUGUUUGUAACACGACGGGUAUUGGUAACCUUUCCUACGAUAUUAGUCUGGGCUUUACUGAUAUUGAUUGGCAUAUACUGUGACACUAUCAAGACCUAACACAUAGGCUUGCAACCUUAGUUAGGGCUGCCCGCCGAGGGCACUAAUAAUAGUAGGAGAGGAAUUAGGGUAUGUUUUUAUACCAGUACGAGUAUUAUAUGUUGUUUACUAUUCAUCACCUAAUUCAUUUGAGUUUUUUCGACACUUGUUCGGUUAUGCAUUGUCAUUAAUAGUUGUCUCGUGCAGGGAUGUUUGUAGGUUUCAAUCACCACCGCCAAACUUGUGGUGUUUGGUGCUUGUUUGAUGUAUGACGAGACUACUCCGUCGUUUGAAUGGUUGUUUGUUGCAUUUAGUCGAUGCAUGAAGAAUAAGCUUCCAAUCACUAUAUUUACUAAUCAGGAUGCAGCCAUGGCAGCUGCCCUUAGAAAUUAGUGGCCUACUGUGUUUCAUGCCCUCUGUACUUGGCACAUCCUCAUGAAUGCCAAGAAGCAUCUUCGCAAGGACAAGGCAUUUUGGAAGAAGUUCCAACAUCAUAUUUCUUUUAUUUUCUAUGACGUCGACAGCGAGGAAGAGUUCGACAUGGCAUGGAACACCAUGGUUUCUGAUUGUUUCCCAAAUAGCGACAUUGCGGAUGGCCAUCAAUGGUUGUAACGUUUGAAGAAAUUUCGUCAUCGAUG